UGCGCAUAUAAGUUUUCUAACUUGGAAAACAUUCUCAAGUUUUCAGUUUCUCGUUACAACAAUAAAUUCACAAUGAGCCAGGCAGCAGAUAGGCUAAUCAUAACACUAAAGAGGACUGAUACCAGCGUACCAUGGGGAUUUCGUCUUCAAGGAGGCCAAGACUUCUCAACGCCACUUUCCGUCCAGAAUGUGUCUCCUAAUAGUGUUGCUGAGAGGUGUGGCUUGAUGUCAGGGGAUGCAGUUCUGCAGAUAAAUGGCAGAAACUGUGAUACCAUAGAACAUGAACAGGCAAAAAUGGAGAUAGUCAGAUCUGGAAAUGAAGUUGUCUUCAUGGUAGAAAGGGGUGCAGUUUAUGUAUGGAAACCAGAAGUUACAAAAAUAGAAGAUCUGAAACCAGAUGAGCUGAAAAAGAUAGAGCCUCUGCCUGGUGGCAUACCUAUGGUCCAGAAAACAUCUCUUGCUGUCAAAAAACAGGAUUUCUCUCAUAUUGGGUCUGCUCAUAACCGCAGUGCCAGAGGUUUUGGUGCUGGGGGUGCUAGUUAUUCUACCCCAUCCCAGCAGCAGUCACAGCCACCCCCCUUCGUUGCUGCCCCACAGGCGCCCCAGGGUGGUUAUGAGGAGGCAGUGCCAGCUGCUCAGUUGGCUGACCAGGGCAAUGGGAAUGGACCCGCUGUCGUCCAUGCACAAUUUAACUCUCCAAUGGGACUCUAUUCAGCUGAUAACAUCGCAGAUACGUACACUGCACAAACCUCCCUAGUAAGGGCUGACAUGGCAAGUUUGAGCUUAGAGGAAAAUGGCAAACAGAAAAAUUAUAGAAGUUCCCCAACAGCGCAAUUGAUCCUACAAGAAGAGGCCCCUCCAACUGAUAGCGCCCGCUAUAAGGAACAAGAUCCUGCCAAAGAUUAUGUUGAAUAUAAAGGUUUUCAAAAUCCAAAAGUUCAAUCUCGUUCAUUCAGAGCCUUAGAAGAGGCUCUUGAUAGAGCUGAAUCACCCAAUGACAGUCCAGCCUAUCAAGCCCCCUCUGGUGCGGCAUACCAGCCCCAAGCUCAGGCCUCACCUGCAGCCCCCAUGGGUGGUGGCUUCAAAUCUGUCUCAGCCCCUAUAACAAAACCUCCCGGUGAGAGAACUCAGCAGUCCCUGAUGAAGUGUGCAGGAUGUGGUGGCCUUUGUGUAGGUGUGCUUGUAAAGAUCAAAGGCAACCCUUACCACCCAGAGUGUUUCAAGUGUGCUGCCUGCAGUGUGAAUCUCAAACAAAAAGGUUAUUUUGUCAUUGACGAAAAGCUUUACUGUGACAUCCAUGCCAAGCAAAGAGCUCAGCCCCCAGCCCCAGGGAUGAAGGCACAGGCUGUCUAUAGAUAGACCUUAUUAAAUACACCCCCAAGUUGACUGAAAAGGUAUGUCAAACUGCCAUGUAGAAGACAAUGUGAUAUUAAUCAACUUAGCAAUACAUUAAUAUAUGCAAUGUAUAUAAUGGACAACUACAUCUGAUAAGAGAACAUUUAUGGACUCAUCCUUAGGACAAUAAGACCUGCAUGUAUUCAACACCAUUUUGGCACAAUGACGGAAGAUACGCCAAAGUGUAAAAGGUGCUGGCCUCUACUAUUUUAUAUACGAGCGUAGAUUCAUAAUUAUCAUCAUGAUACACCCUCGUAAAGGACAUGCAGAAGUUGAAGUUGGAAAGAUAGACUGAUUCAGAAUGAUAUGACGGUGUAUGGUGCUUUAUAAAUAUGCAAAGGUUGUGUAUCCCCUAUAUGCAGGCCUACAUAAACCAUUCUAGAAGGAACGAAGUCAGAGAUAUUACUCAGAG